AUGGAGGUCUUGUGUUUGCCGGUGAAUCUGUUCCGGAGGUCGAAGAUGGACCUCGUUGUGCCACCAGCUAUUGUGGUCGCUGUCUUCGCCAUCGUUGUACAGACAAGAAGAAGAAGCUUUUUCAAGUUUCUUGAUAAUUUUGGGCCUCUGGGAAGAAGAAAGCUUUUUAAAUGUAGGCCCAUUAUAUAA